AAACGACUUUUCAUAAAUGAAAUCUUUACAUCUAUAAAAUCUUAUAAAAUUGUAUUACAACUUCGCUAUGGAAUAAACAAAAUAAGUCGUACAUUGAAUAUUUCAUUCCAUCAUAGAUAAAAUAAAAAUGGAAUACUAGCUAGGUGGCGACAAAGGCAAUGUCUCGGAACAUCUUAGAAUUUAAUAUGGAAGUUUCCUAUUGGCGUUACGAAGUCCCUGCUAUUUCUUAUUGCUUAUAACUGAGAUCGUGCUAUUUUAUUUUAAUAGAUAAAAAAAUAUGGCGCAAAGAUUUCCUGUUCCAAAUACAGGAAACAAUGGUCCUCCUCCGCAACGGUAUCCUCCUUCUUCUGUACCACCAAAUCUACGCCAAUAUUCAGGACCAAAUUUUCCAAUGCAACAAAGAUCUGGAUUUACACCUCCUCCACAAAUGAGCAAUGCAGCACCAGGACCAGGAGGAAUAAUGAGACCUAAUCAGCCAUAUACUAAUAUGCGUCAAGGUCCAAUGCCAACGCCUCCUGUUGGUAAAAGGAGUGCUGAUCAAAGAAUACCUUUGUCGCAGCAAAAACCGUAUUUUUGGAACAGUGACUUUUCACAUUCCACAUCCAAGAAGAAAAAGAAACUUGCUGACAAGAUAUUACCUCAAAAAGUACGAGAUUUGGUACCAGAAUCCCAAGCUUAUAUGGAUUUACUUGCAUUUGAAAGAAAGUUAGAUGCAACUAUAAUGCGUAAACGUCUUGAUAUACAAGAAGCCUUGAAACGUCCAAUGAAACAGAAACGAAAGUUACGUAUUUUUAUUUCCAAUACAUUUUAUCCAGCCAAAGAAGCAGCAGAGGGAGAGGAGGGUUCGGUUGCUUCUUGGGAACUAAGAGUUGAAGGCAGAUUAUUAGACGAUACAAAAAAUGAUCCUAAUAAGGUGAAGAGAAAAUUUUCAUCCUUUUUUAAAAGCCUAGUUAUUGAAUUAGAUAAAGAUUUAUAUGGACCAGAUAAUCACUUAGUUGAAUGGCAUCGUACAUUAACUACACAAGAAACUGAUGGAUUUCAAGUAAAAAGACCAGGAGACAAAAAUGUUCGUUGUACUAUUCUUCUACUUCUUGAUUAUCAGCCUUUACAGUUCAAAUUAGAUUCACGACUUGCACGAUUAUUAGGUGUGCAUACACAAACUCGACCUGUUAUUAUUUCAGCACUUUGGCAGUAUAUAAAAACUCACAAACUUCAAGACAGUCAUGAACGUGAAUUUAUAAAUUGUGACAAAUAUUUGGAACAAAUCUUUGCUUGUCCCAGAAUGAAAUUUGCUGAAAUACCACAAAGAUUAAAUCCAUUAUUGCAUCCACCUGACCCCAUUGUGAUUAAUCAUGUCAUUAGCGUAGAAGGCACAGAAACAAAGCAAACUGCAUGUUAUGAUAUAGAAGUCGAAGUCGAUGAUACGUUAAAAACGCAGAUGAAUAAUUUUCUAUUAUCAACUGCAAGUCAACAGGAGAUACAAAGUCUAGACAACAAGAUACACGAAACUGUUGAAACAAUUAAUCAAUUAAAAACAAAUCGUGAAUUUUUCUUAAGCUUUGCAAAGGAUCCUCAACAAUUUAUUAACAAAUGGAUUAUAUCACAAACAAGAGAUUUAAAAACAAUGACUGAUGUUGUUGGAAAUCCAGAGGAAGAACGCAGAGCUGAAUUUUACUAUCAACCUUGGGCACAAGAAGCUGUCUGUCGUUACUUUUAUACUAAAGUCCAACAAAAACGAGCUGAGUUAGAACAAGCUCUUGGCAUACGAAAUUCAUAAAAUUAUUAAAAAGUUGUCUAUCAGUGCGAUGAAAUGUUGUAUAAAAUAUUUUUUCCAUGAUAUUUUGUUGCAGUGACUAUAAUAUUUGAGUUUUUGUAAUAUUGUAAACUACAAAUGGACCCUUUCUCUCUCUCUCUCUCUCUCUCUCUCUCUCUCUCUCUCUCUCUCUCUCACACACUUUCUCUCUCCUUUGAAGAUAUAGAUCAUACAAUUGGUAAUCAUUGGGCAUUGAUAUAUUUAUAAAAUAAAUAUAUAUAAGAAAGAGAGACUUAUUUAUACAAAUACAUUUCGUAUAUUACUGAAAUGAAACUUUUUUCAAAGUAUUAAAAUCUUGCAUUAUAUUCCAUAUUUGCUGCAGUACUAUUAUUAGUAAACCUUACGCGUAACAAUAAAUAAAGAUAUUGAUACAAGUGUGA